AUGAUCCCCUAUGAUGCUGCUCUGGGGGAUAAAGGUGGCAAGGAUGAUCCGGAUGGUUCAGCAAACGCGCCCCAAAAAAUUGCCUUUUAUUUAAAUAACUCGGAGUUCAAUAAACAUCUCCAAAAUUAUUUAACAGUUACUAGCGAUUGUGAGGCGAUGGCUAAAGAUCUGAGGCUCAUCGUAGAGGCAACACCUGACCCCCAAAAGCUGUCAAAUGUUGAAGCAGCGCUGAAAAAGGAGGGCACAAGGUUGUGGGCAAUUUUUGAAAAUUUAAUACAGAAUAAAAUCGAUUACGUCGAACUACGACAUACCCUUGAUGAUUAUAUUGUAAUAUCAAAAGGGCUUCAAGCGAAAAAUGUAACGCCUCAAAAAAUGGCUGAACUUAAUAAACAGUUGGCCGAUCUCGAAGAGCGAUUCGUGGAUAUAGAACGCAUUGCACAUGCCCUUGUGCAUACCGACGUAGCAGCAGAAUAUAAAGACACGAUAAUAUACGUAAAAGAAUUUAUUCAAAAACAUAUGCCCAAAAAACUAUCGACUCCCUCAAAUGUGAUUAAUAAACCCAAGCCGAAAGAUAACACAUCAGCGACAGAUCAAAAGAAUAACAUGGCUUCAAUGGGUAAGGGUGACACUCCGUGUGGAAAGUGUGAAUCACCAAAGCCAGAAAAAAAUACAGACAACACAAACGUCACACAUGGUACUACUGGCGCUUCAGGAUUCGUAAUGAUUGGCGCCAAGGUUGUUCGAAACAUGGCAAUACUGGGUGUAAUUGCGGUGGUCUGA